CCACAAGUAGAAGAAGAACGUACCGGAAGUCGCUGUCGGCAUUGUCCGUGUGUUCCGCUCUCUGGACGCUUAUUGCUAAGCUGCCUGGGCGAAGAGCCUUCAUUUUUCCUCGCAGGCGAGUGACAGACGACACAGAACCGCUAUUAUGUCCAAGUCAAAAGCUAAGCAGACCUGCCACGUUGUUGGAUGCUUAGAUCGUCACACAUCAUUACAUCGCCUCCCAGCCAGAGAGGACAUCAGGGCAAAGUGGAUUGAUUUUAUUUACAAUGGAAACAUCCCAGCUUCUGUCAGCAAAAAUCUUGUCGUCUGUGCCAACCACUUCGCGUCUGACUGCUUUAGCAACCUCGGUCAGUAUAAAGCUGGACUGGCCAUGAGACUAUAUAUAAAAGAUGGAUCGAUACCAACUGUCCGUGGCAAAGAUACAGAUGAGGGAACUGCAACAAAGUCUGCACUGGCUGCUGUGGUACAUCAUGUGGCUUGCCAGACGGACCCCCCAGCCACACGCCGAGUCGGCACACAGCUUUCCAUGCAAACUCUUCAACGUAACUUCAAAAGUACAGGCUCGCUGGAAUCACCGUCUCGCACUGGCAUUGGUCUCAGAAGCUCAACCGUUGCUUCCUCAAGACCAUGUAAAAGAGCUCGCUUGGAACUGGAGGAGGAUGAGGAGAACUUACGAGAGGGCAGCUCAUCGAUGGACAUUCCAGACCCAAUGGAUCCUUCCUCUGAGGAACCUAUCACAGUUUUUUCUGAGUCAGCAAAUGUGAAGCUAGAUUCUUCCGGUCCUGUUCAUAAGAUGGCAGCAUAUAUUGUCCACGAAAGGUGCCUCCUGGAGCUGUUUGCGGUGUGCCCUGAGUGUCAGCAGGUUACAGAUGUGCAGAGAAGAAGCAGAGGCACAUUCCUCUCUGUAAAACAGCAGUGCACGCACUGUCACUUCUCCAGAAAAUGGAAUAGUCAGCCAAUUAUUGGUGACACACCUGUGGGGAACCUCCAGCUUUCAGCUGCAGUGUAUACUACAGGCUCAUCUUUCUUCAACCUUAAAAAGAUCUUCCGGGCAAUGCAGCUGAAGAUGUUUCCGUAUGACACCUUUCGACGACACGCACGCAUGUACAUCGAACCUGCUAUCAUACACAAAUGGAACACUGUGCAGGAUGGCAUGUUGCAGCACCUUAGUCAACAUAAGAAUGUCAUCCUAGGUGGUGACUUACUCCUUACGCCUGACUCACCAGGUCAUCCUGCCAAGUUUGGCAGCUACUCAAUGAUGGACCUUAGAAGCAACACUAUUAUUGAUGUGCAGUUGGUUCAGAGCAGUGAAGUAGGUGGAAGCAAACACAUGGAGAAAGAGGGUCUAAAGAGGAGCCUUGCUGUGUUGGAAGAGCGUGGUGUGACUCUGCAAAGUAUUGUCACAGGUUGUCACCCUGAGAUUGAGAAAUUCCUCGGGGAGGCGAACAUCACACAUUACUAUGAUGUCUGGCACAUGGAAAAAGGACUGUCCAAGAAGCUGGGGAAGAUUGCAGAGAAAAAAGAAUGUGAGAAACUGAGCAAGUGGCUUUGCAGCAUAAAGAAUCACCUCUACUUGACAGCAGCCUCUUCUCCGUUUGGGCCAGAAAGAGUGGCAAAGUGGACCUCAAUACUUAAUCACGUACAAGACAUCCACACCCAUGAAGAUCCUGUUUUCCCUCAGUGUUUGCAUCCACAACACACCUCUACGGACAAGAGCAAAUGGUUGACAGCAGGAACGCCAGUCUUCUGUAGAUUGGAAAAAGUGUUGACCAAUGAGAGAGUUCUGAAAGAUGUGCAAAAGCUGAGCCCUCACUACCAGACAUCAUCCCUGGAGGCUUUUCACAACGUCAUUCUGUGUUUUGCACCCAAGAAUGUUUUCUUUCCUUUUCUAGGAAUGUUAUGCAGACUCUACCUCGCGGCAUUGCACUUCAAUGAAAAUGCUGGGCGCCUCCAAGCAACAUCAGCUGUUGAGGAAGGGGAAUGCACAACUGAACCAGAUUAUGUCGAGGAACUGUUAGACCUAAUUUUUGAUAAGGUGUUGCCAAAUCCUGCCGCAUACUUGGAUGAGGUCCUAAAGAUCCCGAUUCCACAAGGCCUAUCCACUCAGUUUGAUCGACGUGAUCCACAGGAAGUAACCUAAGUUUUGCGGUUCAACUACGGACAGGUCUGAAUUCCCACAUACUGUCCGUGGGCAUCGGGGCAUUCUCUUUGUCUGUAGAAGCACGCAGGAAGGAAUUACCACCUUGAUCCCCCAACCCAACACCAACUUGGAAACAUCCUAUUGGCAAGAUAUCUGUAACAGCUGUGACAAAUUAUCCAUUUACACUCUUAAAUAAAAACAAAAACUAACCUAAUAAAAAAAAACAAAAAAAAAAACUUAGUCAUGUUUUCUUUGCAUGGUGAGAGCUUUGUGUUAAUGUGGCGUUUUUGUAACUAUAUUUGAUGAUCGUUUUGUGUGCUUUUACACUGUAUUUGUAUAGCGUAUUGUAUAUGUGACCAAGUGACUAGCUUUGAAGCUGAACAGUAAUUCGGAAUUCAUUAUACUCAGUGAUUCGUUGUGUGGAACCACUUGAGGGAAAGGCAUGUGGGAUCCUUGUAGUGGUGUGCGAAAGAAUCACCGAAGUAAAUCUUCACACUGUGAUAAUGUUAGUGUUGUUUUUUUUAAUCCAGUACAGAUUAUUUGUUUAGUACAGUUUGUCUUUAACUUCCAAGUAGAAGACAUUUGCAUUUAUUCUUUUAGAACUGUUUGUUUUCAAACAGUGAUGUAGGCACAAUUUUUUUUAACUUGUGUGCAAUAUAUUUUAAAUGAAUUAUGUUACUUCCCCCCCUAUAUUUAAGCACUGUCUUUGUUCAAACUGCUUCAUGUUAUGUGCUUACAAUAACAUUAAAUAUACUGUUUACCUACUAAAUCCCCUACCUCCUUUUUACACACUUGGGCCUACUAUUGAUUGA